AGGAUCCCUCAGUUUAGCGCGCCCAAUGGAAGCUCGGCCGGGGCCUGGGGACCCCGCCCCGUGCCCCGCGCCGGGGAGCGGACGAGAGUAAAUACAACAGGAGCGCAAAAUGGCGGAACCGCCGAACCCAGCUUACGGCGCCGCCGCUGUCCUCUCCGAGAAGGAAGCGUUCGGCAAGCUGCAGCCCGCCGCGCGGGAGCCGCCGGGCGCUGGGUCCGCCAAGAAGGUUCGGACCGAGGAGAAGAAGGCGCCGCGGAGAGUGAACGGGGAAGGGGGCAGCGGCGGGAACGGCAGGCAGCUGCAGCCGCCCGCCGCCCCGCCGCCCCAGAGCUACGGCAGCCCGGCGGCGUGGAGCUUCGCGGCUCUGCCCGCCGCCGCCUCCCCGGCCUCGGCCCGCGGCUGCUUCUCCCUGUCCGCCAGCCCGAGCGCCUCCUCGGUCCCCGCUUCCUCGGCUCCGCCGGUGGCGCGCAGACUGCUGGUCGCCCCGUCGCUGCUGCACGCUCAGCCGCACCACGUCCUGCUCCCGCCCGCCGCCCCGCCGGCCGCCGCCAAGCCGCGCAGACCCAAGGAGAAGCGCGACAAGGAGAGGCGCAGGCACGGCCUCGGCGGCGCCGCCCGCGACGAGAACGGGGAGGCCGGGCCGCCGCUGCCGCCGCCGCCGCGAGAUAAAGUCAAAGACAAAAUUAAAGAGAAAGACAAAGAAAAAGAAAAAGAAAAAAAGAAGUAUAAAGUAAUGAGUGAGAUCAAGAAAGAAAAUGGAGAUGUAAAGAUUUUGCUGAAAAGUGGGAAGGAGAAACCAAAAACAAGUGUAGAAGACUUACAAAUUAAAAAAGUAAAGAAGAAAAAGAAAAAGAAACACAAAGAGAAUGAAAAACGAAAGCGUCCCAAAAUGUAUAGCAAAUCUAUUCAGACCAUCUGUUCAGGAUUGCUGUCUGGUGCUGGAGAUCGGGAAGCCAGAGGCAUCUUAAAUGAUAACACAAAGGACUACGUUGGAACACAUUUGGAUACCAAGAACCGUGAUUCUAAAAUUCCUGAUAGCAGUGAAUUGCCAUUUGUCUCAUUAAAGGAACCACGAGUUCAGAAGAACCUUAAAAGGUUGGACACUUUGGAGUUCAAGCAGCUCCUUCAUAUUGAACACCAGCCUAAUGGAGGAGCGUCCGUCAUCCACGCCUACAGUGACGAGCUCUCCUGCCUGUCUCCUGUGGAGAUGCAGAGAUUUGCAGAAGAAUUUGUGGGUUUAGUGUUCAGUGAAAAUGAAAGUUCUGCAGCUUUCUAUGUAAUGGGUAUUGUUCAUGGGGCAGCUACUUAUUUACCUGACUUUUUAGACUACUUUUCAUAUAAUUUUCCCAAUUCACCAGUGAAAAUGGAGAUAUUGGGAAAGAAAGAUAUAGAGACAACGACUAUGUCCAAUUUUCACGCUCAGGUAAAAAGAACAUAUUCUCAUGGUACUUACAGAGCUGGCCCCAUGCGACAGAUAAGCUUGGUGGGAGCCGUUGAUGAAGAAGUGGGAGAUUUCUUCCCUGAGUUCCUUGACAUGUUGGAGGAAUCACCAUUUUUAAAAUGUACAUUGCCGUGGGGAACACUAUCUAGUCUAAAGUUAGAGAGUCGGAAAGACAGUGAUGACGGUCCCAUCAUGUGGGUGCGUCCAGGAGAACAAAUGAUCCCUGUGGCUGACAUGCCAAAGUCACCCUUCAAAAGGAAAAGAACUACCAAUGAAAUAAAAAACCUGCAGUAUCUACCUCGGACCAGUGAGCCUCGGGAGAUGCUGUUUGAAGACAGGACGAGAGCCCAUGCGGAUCACAUAGGACAAGGCUUUGAGCGACAGACUACAGCUGCUGUCGGAGUGCUGAAGGCUGUGCACUGUGGACAGCGGCCUGACCAGCCCCGAAUAACCAAAGAUGUAGUCUGUUUUCAUGCAGAAGACUUCUUAGAAGUAGUUCAACGAAUGCAGUUAGAUUUACAUGAGCCUCCCCUGUCCCAGUGUGUCCAGUGGGUUGAUGAUGCAAAACUUAAUCAGUUGAGGAGAGAAGGCAUUCGAUAUGCCAGGAUUCAGCUGUAUGAUAAUGACAUUUAUUUUAUUCCGAGGAAUGUUGUUCAUCAGUUCAAGACAGUUUCUGCUGUAUGCAGUUUGGCAUGGCAUGUUCGACUUAAGUUAUAUCACGCAGAGGAGGACACCUGUCACAGUGCAGUUACUCAUGAAACAUGUGUAUCAUCAGCUUCCACAUCAUCAGUCCUCGGACCUCACACUGACAACAUAAUUUGUGCUGUGAACCAAACCUCAUCAGAUUCUGUGUUUUCAGACAAACUUCAUCCUAAGUACGAAUUACAACAGAUUAAACAUGAACCUAUUGCAUCUACAAGAAUCAAGGAAGAACCUGUGAAAGUUAAUAUACCUGAAAAGACUAGACCACUGAAUAAUACAGAAGGCAAGAAUGUUAAGACAAAGUUGGAGCGUGUUCAGUUUUCAGAUUUUCAGAUUAUCAUGGAUUCUAAAUUUGAAAAUAGUAACAAAGACUUCAAGGAAGAAUUGUGUCCUGAAAGUCUCAUUAAUAUAGCAGAUACAAGGCAACAUAGUUCUGUACAUUCAAAUCAAGAUAAAAACGAUGAUGACAAUUUGUGCUAAAUUUGUACAUUGCAUUUAAAAUUCUUUUUAAAAAAUAAUUUGUAAUAACGAUUCAUGAAAUCUGAAAGCAAGCCUAGGAACUGCUCUCAAGUCUGUUACAAAGUCUAGUUUAUGUAGCGGUGUGACACUCCUCAGUGCCUGUCCACAGCUGUCCACAGCUGUCCACAGUAGUAAGCACUUAGGGCCCGGGCACUGUGAUCCUUGCAGGUUAAGUGGGAAGGAGUCUGUAGAAAAGUCAUGGCAGUUGGAGUUUUAGGUUUUAGAAUGGAGCUGACAAAAUCAUUAUAAAUAUAUUUUUUGUAAUAUGAGCCAGAGUUCUUUUUUCACAAUUUAAGGUUUUUUCAUAGAGCUUAUUUAUACCGACUUUUUUUUUCAUUUUAAAUGUGUCAGCACUGUAGUGUAAAUAGCUUUAAAAAAUCUUUUUAGUGUGAUUUAUAUUGAAAUGUGAGCCACUUAAUAAAGGUUCAUAAUAAUAAAUGCUUCCUGUUGAGUUUGUAAAAACAAACCGACAAUUCAGUUUAAUUGUUUGAUAUAAUUAUGUUUCUGUUAAUAUAUACAUGUGGGGGAGGUAAUGGAGGAAAAAUGUAUGUCUUCAAAUCUAGUAAAUAUUUAAAUUUUCCAUAUUGUACAAGCCUUCAAAAAACCAGGAUUCAGUUAUGUAUAUAUAGUGUGUAUGUGUGUAUGUAUACACACACACGUGUGUGUGUGUGUGUGUGUAUGUAUACACAUAUGUGUGCGUGUAUUUGGGGAUGUAUAUAUGUAUAUUGUUUUGCACAAUUUCUUAAAUUGAUGAAUAUAUGAAAAUUCUUAGUGCUACUUCCUGGAAUACAUCCUAAAAUAUUUAUGUUCAACAAUAAGAAAAUAAUUAGUAGUUUUAGAAGUUGGGAGAAACUAAGUAUGUUGAUGGUUUUAAUCCUUCUAAUUACUGAUGUUAUGUGGCCAGAUUCUUCAGCCUGAGUGUAAUUUUCUUUAUUGUGUAAGUAAUAAGUUUAGAAAAUUUUCUCUCUAAUAAGCACUUAUAUGUUUAAUAAUAGCUGAGUAAAAAAUUGACAUGCACAAAGUUUAAUUAUGAACAAUUAAAGGUCUUCUUUUACAUUUCCCACGUUACACAAAUGAAAUUUAAAACAAGCAGUGACAGUGACUGAGCCCCACCUGCAGAUGUAGCUGACACACACUGUCAGUCCAUCCUUCUCAGCCCCACCUCCAGAUGUAGCUGACACACACUGUCAGUCCAUCCUUCUCAGCCCCACCUCCAGAUGUAGCUGACACACACUGUCAGCCCAUCCUUCUCAGGAUCCUCCCCAGCCACCAGGCAGAUGUCAGUGCAGCAUUCUAGAGAUGCUCUAGAGAGUUCACUGUGUAGGAAAUAGGGUGACCAGUGCCUACAAGGUGAGUAGCACAGUCUGCUUCCACUUCCAUAAUUAAAAGUUGCGUACUGGAUGUGUGUGGAUGGAAGAAGUCUAAGCAUCAUGAACGUUUUGUUCUUUGUAGUACUCUGGCCCCUAUCUUGAUUGGUGACUUUCAGGUGGCUUUCCUUGUGCUGUGUUGCCUUUUGGGAGACUGCUGUUUCCCUUCAGUGGGUUCCAUUUUCGUCUCAUUUUGGGUAAGCCAUCAAAGCUCAUGCUUCUAGUUGGUCAGACCACUUAGAAAAAUGUUUUUACCAGAACUGAUGAAAAUCAACAUUAGCAGCAAUGGGGAAUCUUAUCUCCCAACUUAAAAAGAAGAUAGGCAAAUAAAAUAGGAAAUCUUGGUGGCUUGUAGGAACUCAGUAUGUUUGUAGUGGGGGAUGUUUCAUGGAAUAGAGAAGUUAAAAAUCAUGACAGUGUAAAUAGGGGUUUUAUUUUAUAUGUAACUAGCUGUCUUUCACUGUACUCAAACCACUUUAAGCUAAAUUUAGGGUUCUUCACCAUCUUUCUGGGAAACAAAUUCUUAAUAAAUGAGUAUUAAGACAUAGGAAGGGAUACUGUUAAAAUGUCAUUUUUAAAUUGAGGGUGAUAUAUUUAACACAGUAUGUUUUAUUUCUAGUCACAUAUAUCUAAACACACUGAUGUCAUAUUGUAAGAAAAUGCUAUUAGGUUGUCUCCAUAAUAUAUGAGCCUUAUGUUUUUAGCUUAAAAGAAGGCAUGUCUGAGACAGUAUAGUUGUUGCUUUUAUGUAAACCAUAGUCAGCUAUCCAUAAUUGAAAGAUUAAAUUGAUUUGUCAAAUGCAUACAUCUCUGUGAAGGUGAGGUAUGAGUAACCAACAGGCUCAAGGUUUCAAUAAAGCCUUAUAGACUUGAAUCAUGCUUAUGCCCCUGGUCUUACGGGUUAUUUUUUAAAAAUCCUCUUCAGAUGCCCAUCUGAUAACUUGUUGACUACCUUUGUUACACACAAAUACCUAUUUUAAUACUGCAUAUUAAUGGUUUUUUAGUUAGUAUAUUUCCAUUCUCCAUGUGAAUAAAAGAUUUUUUUAUUUCCAGUAUCUUGGACCAGAACAAUAAAGUACUUAAGAUACAGUUUUAAUAAGGUCAUAUGCUAUACAGAGUGAUUGUUAAAUGUUGUUAAGUAAUAUACAUACCUUCACAUAAAAACUUAGGUAUCUCAGUAGUAUGUGUGUGUGUGUAUAUAUAUAUAUAUAUAUAUACACACACACACACACACAUACCUUUUUCUUUUUUUUUCCCUCAUUUUAUUUAUAUCCUCUUAGCUAAGUAGUAUAUAUCCAAUACUCAGGUUAGCUAUCAAAGGAAUUAAACAUUUUUGAUAUUUAGUUGCAAAUUUACAUAAAGCCAUAUAUUGAUUAUCUUCCUUAUGACAGGACUAUUGACCUUAAUGAUCAGGUUGGUUUAGCACAACACUGUGUAUUAUGUGUAUGUAUGCAUUUCUCUAUAAACUUGUUUGAAAUGUUUGUUUCCAAAAUGGGAGUGGUAGGCAGUUGAGGAAAGAUUUUCUUAGGUUAAAUGUUUAAGAAAUUUAAUUAAUGUACACAAAAUAAGAUUUUGCUUUCUAAAUUCAGUUUUGUGGCAGGUAAAGUUUUUUUGUUUUUUGUUUUUUGGGUUUUUUUUGUAAAUAAUAAAUUAGCAUUGUUUGGUAAACUUUCAGUUUUUUGGGGGUAGAGGGACAUUUUAUUGAUAUGUAAAGCAAUUAUUCACUUUAGCCAAGGUACAGAUUUGUUUUUGGCAUUUGAGAGGCUAUUUUCCUUGUCUUCCACCUUUCAAUAAAUACUAAGAUUGAUAACCAG